UUAUAGGGUUUACUCCUAUAAACCUCAUCCUCAUCGUCUAUUAACAGAAAAGGUUGUUGAAUUGAUCUAUUCACAGGUUCAGUUAUCGACCAUGGUCGGAAAAGUAGACGCCUUGAAGGGCGGUCUGAAGUCUUCGCAGUCGCCGGCGUCCAAUCAAGCUACCUCCAAACCCGAUCUGGCAUCUAUGUCCACGACAUUCUCAUUCAAAUCUCUAAAGCUGAAAACGAAGCAACAAGAACUGUUGAUCCGAUUAACGAUCCUCGGUCUCGUCUACAUUUUAGCUUUCAUCACUCGCCUUUUCAGUGUUCUCCGUUACGAGAGUAUGAUUCAUGAGUUUGAUCCUUAUUUCAACUACAGAACCACUCUCUACUUAACCGAAAAGGGUUUCUACGAAUUCUGGAAUUGGUUCGACUCGGAAAGUUGGUACCCACUCGGCCGAAUCAUUGGUGGAACGCUCUAUCCUGGUCUCAUGGUCACCGCCGCUAUCAUCUACUGGGCCCUCAAAUUUCUCCGAUUUGCAGUUCAUAUUCGCGAGGUCUGUGUGCUAACUGCUCCUUUUUUCGCAUCCAACACCACCAUUGUUGCGUAUUUCUUUGGGAAAGAGUUGUGGGAUUCAGGUGCUGGUCUUGUUGCAGCCGCUUUGAUCGCGAUUUGUCCUGGGUAUAUUUCAAGAUCGGUGGCUGGAUCAUAUGAUAAUGAGGGGGUGGCCAUUUUUGCAUUGUUGCUUACUUUCUAUUUGUUUGUUAAGGCUGUGAAUACUGGAUCGCUUGCUUGGGCUCUUGCUUCGGCUUUUGGGUACUUUUAUAUGGUGUCUGCUUGGGGUGGUUAUGUGUUUAUUAUCAAUUUGAUUCCAUUAUAUGUGUUGGUGUUGUUGAUUACUGGGAGGCAUUCAAUGAGGCUGUAUGUGGCUUAUAAUUGUAUGUAUAUAGUGGGAAUGUUGCUUGCAAUGCAGAUUCGGUUUGUUGGGUUUCAGCAUGUUCAGUCAGGGGAACAUAUGGCUGCCAUGGGAGUGUUCUUCUUGAUUCAGGUAUUUUACUUCUUGAUUUGGGUAAAGCACAUGUUAAAUGAUGUAAAGAUGUUUCAAGCCCUUUUGAGGAUCGGUGUGACAUGUGCGGUAGGUGUGGGUGCUAUUGCUCUCGGAGUUGGCACAGCUUCUGGCUAUAUCUCACCAUGGACAGGCCGAUUUUACUCUUUACUGGAUCCAACAUAUGCUAAAGAUCAUAUACCCAUUAUAGCUUCCGUCUCUGAGCAUCAGCCUACUGCAUGGUCGUCUUUCAUGUUCGAUUUUCAUAUCCUGCUUUUCCUAUUUCCAGCCGGUCUAUAUUUCUGCUUCAAACGGUUGUCAGAUGCCACGAUUUUCAUUAUAAUGUAUGGUCUCACGAGUAUGUAUUUUGCUGGUGUGAUGGUUCGGCUGAUUCUUGUUGCAACACCUGCAGUAUGCCUUAUAAGUGCUAUCGCAGUCUCGGCUACGAUAAAGAACUUGACCCAUGUCGUGAGGGGAAAGACCACCAUGUCUUCCAAGGGAACGAGCAGCACAAAGGGACUAUCUAAGCAACAAGCUUCACUGGAUCAAUCUAUUCCUUUCCUGAAAAAUGGUGCUACCGUGUUGCUUCUUGGUGCUUUUUAUUUACUAAGCAGAUACGCUAUCCAUUGUACCUGGGUCACAUCGGAAGCAUACUCAUCUCCUUCAAUUGUUUUAGCCGCACGGGGUGCUCAUGGUCAAAGAKUUAUUUUUGAUGAUUACCGUGAAGCAUACUUUUGGCUUCGACAGAAUACUCCUUCGGAUGCUAAAGUAAUGUCUUGGUGGGAUUAUGGU